AUGGCCGGUAUUACUGUUAAGGACGUUCCAGCACAAGAUUUCAUCAACGCUUAUGCUCAAUUCUUGCAAAGACAAGGUAAGUUGGAGAUUCCAGGUUACGUUGAUCUCGUCAAGACCUCUGCUGGUAAUGAAUUGCCACCACAAGAGUCUGAGACUUGGUUCUACAAGAGAGCUGCCUCCGCUGCUCGUCACAUCUACUUGAGAAAGCAAGUUGGUGUCGGUAAGUUGAACAAGCUCUACGGUGGUGCCAUCAACAGAGGUGGUAGACCAUCCAAGCACGCUGAUGCCUCCGGUUCCGUCAACAGAAGAGUCUUGCAAUCCUUGGAGAAGUUGGGUGUCCUUGAGGUUACCCCAAAGGGUAGAAGAAUCUCUGCUAACGGUCAAAGAGAUUUGGACCGUAUUGCUGCUCAAACCUUGGAGAACGAGGAUGACGAGUAA